CGUAUUCGAGCUAUGUUGGACGCAGAUGAACCUUUUAAGCCGGAACAAGCUUACGAGUACUUUGUUAAUUUACGAAAAACGAAGAGGAAACGAAACAAGAAGCUAAGACGUCAAGGGAAAACAGAUUUGCUGGCAAUAUGCGAUGACAAAAGAUUCUUGUGGGCGAGGAAUGCGUCUGUUGCGUUUGCGCGAGGAAUUCAACAACGUCUUGCGAGGCCUGGACGCUACGCUCUUGCUGAUGGAAUGCUGUGCCUGUCGAAUUUAAUCUUAAAUGACAUAUGCGGUUAUAUGCGAAUGAAGACUCCGUCACGAAACAGUACGAGUCCAAAAGCAAGGUUUAUGAUGGAGAUGUCUGACAAGAUUGCUGUGUGGAUCGAUGAAAUCCUUACGGAGUCUGACGAUCGCAUGCUGAUGAUGGACUUUGAUGAGGAUGAAGAAGUGCAAAGGAGCUAUGCUGAUGAUGAAAAGCCCGAAGUUAGCGAAGACAGAGAUAAGUCUGAAACUAAAUCUGAAGUGACGCAAUCACGAACUAGUACAUCUACGGCUGAAAAAUAAAAAUAACUAUCUUCUUCUCUAUAUACCAAAGUCCUAAUUAUGAAAUAUA